AUGGGCGGUUGGUUGAGCAACCUUCGAUGGGGCGGUGACCCAGACGUGGUGAACCCAAUCUCCGGAUUGUCAAAACGGGAUAUCUACGCUGUUCAGAAAUCCUGGGCCCCAGUAUAUGCUAAUCACUUGGCAACCGGCACUGAAUUAUUGAAAAGAUUUUUCCGCGCAUAUCCACAAACCCUAGAAUUCUUCAAAAUGAUAAGAAAACUUCCCGAAUCGGAGUAUGACACCAAUAUUCAGUUCAGAGCUCACGUGAUCAAUCUCAUGUCCUCGUUGAACCAGGCCGUGGUGAAUCUCCAUCAGCCAGACGUGGUGGCUGUCAUGAUGAACAAGCUGGGCGAAUCUCACGGGAAACGGAAAAUUCAAGAGUCGCAUUUUCAUGACUUGAAAGGCGUGAUAGUGAAAAUGUUCAUUGAAGUACUAAAUCUAGACGACGCGACACUCGGGGCUUGGGGACGGACGGUGGAAUUCUGGUACAAACAUAUUUUCCAAACUUUGUCCACGAACCAAGAACUAACGUAA